CAAUAUGAAGAGGAUUAGGUUCGAAGUUGGACCACUGAAAUGAAAUCACAUUCCCUCUCUCUCUCUCUCCCUACCCCCACCGAAUUUUAGUCCUUGUGAACAUAGUGCCUAUUUGUUACAAAGCCAAAUGCACUUACCAUUUGCCCUUUGUGCUUUAAAAUUUUGGCGCUUUCUGUCCCUUUUUCAACUCCAUGUCCCAUGAAGUAAAGUUCAGCCAAGAAUAAAAGGAAAGUAGACACCAGGAUAGUACUACUACUACUACAAUAUUCCUCAUUUGAAGAUCCAAGACAACACAUAUUCUCCCUCUGUUCCUCUGUUCCUCUGCAACAAAUGGAAUAUGAAUGUACUCCUCUUGCCUGGGAAUUCUACUACCAAGAAGAGGGGUUACAAGACUUGAAACAUUCCCUUCUCUACACAACCCUGGAGCUAGAAGCAACAAUUGCAUCAGCUAAGGAGGAGAUUACCAGAAGAGAAUGUGAAUUGAUCCAUGUCAAUGACCUCUUAAGCAGGGUCACCAAAGAGAGAGAUGAAGCUCAAGCAAAAUGCCAGAAGCUAAUGCUGGAAAAACUGAAGCUGCAACAAGAACUUCAUCAGCACCAGAACAAACACCAACAAGAACAAGAACAACAACAACAACUUGGUCAGACAAAUCAAAGAGACACCACAUCACAGAGUGAAGAAGAGGUGCAAGAAGGGUUCUCUGAAAAGCACUCUUCUGACUGUGAAGAAACCAGCAUGCCCUCUUCUGGUGGGAGUUCAACCCCACAUCCAACACCACUCCAAGUAGUGCUUGAAUUAGCAGAAAAGAAACCAUUGCCUGAAAAAGGAAAACUCUUGAAGGCAGUGGUGGAAGCUGGACCACUGCUUCAGACACUUCUCUUGGCUGGACCACUCCCACAGUGGCAGCACCCUCCUCCACACCUCAACUCCAUUGAAAUCCCUCCAGUGGCCAUUUCACCUCAAGACUCUUCCAAAACCACUUUCCCUUUCAAUAACAAGAGGGACCUUCUUCUCCACUCUGAUUCUCCGGUUUCAAAGAGUAGAAAGGUCAUCACUCAGCACUUCCCAACACCUACCACUGCUUCACAUCAUUCCCUUUCACACCCAUCAUUUUCAUAAUGCUUUCUUCUGCAUACCAAAUCACACUCAAACAGGUGUCCAACUGCAUCACCUCAUCUUUGUCCUCUUAUCAACAAACUCUGACCUACUUUUCUGUGCUGGGAAAAAAAAAAAUCUUCAUCUUAGUGUUUACAAUUUUCUUUUCUUUUCUCUAAUCUUAUCUUGUUAUGUAUAUAUGAGAGCUAAGUUCUCACAAAAUUGAUGGGAAUCAAGUAGCCUCCUCCAUGUUAUGACACAGUUUUGUACUUUGGUAGAUAGAUAUUAGAGGGUGAUGUAAUGUAAUGUAAGGUAACCAGGCUUCAAAUGGCUUAUAAUUUUUAAUUUAAGGCUGUUGUUGUGCUA